AGACUUGUAAUGAAAUCAAAGCAAUAUGAGUUUUCAAAUGAUGCAGAUAUGGAAAUGAAAGCUAAAAACUGCAGUAUUUUUUUUUUAAUUUACGACUAUGAAAAUUUCAUUGUCUCCAAGGAGGAGCUCAACUUUCCCCUUGCUUAUACAAUUUUGACACAUAAAGAUGCCGUCCAAACUGAAAAACUUCUCAGAGCUAUCUACAGACCACACAACAUUUAUUGUAUUCACGUGGACAAGAGUUCUAGUACUUCACUUCAUAAUGCCAUGAAGGCAAUAGCAAGUUGUUUUCCAAACGUCUUCAUUGUUUCGAAAGUUGAGGAUGUCAUUUAUGCAAGUUUUUCUCGAUUGCAAGCCGAUCUGAACUGCAUGACGGAUCUUUUGCAAACAAGAGAGGUUCCUUGGAAGUACAUGAUUAACCUACCAUCUCAGGAAUAUCCCCUCAAAACUAAUGCAGAAAUAGUUAAGAUUUUGAAACUUUUCCAUGGCAAAAGUAGUAUCGAGGUGCUUAGUGCCGAGAACUGGCGUCAUCGCUUUCAAGGGUCACAUCAAGUCAUUGGUUACGAGGUAGAACCAUCCAACAAGAAAAAGGAUCCGCCACCCUCUGGUAUUACUAUAGCAAAGGGGAGUGUGUAUGGUAUAUUUAGUCGAAGUUUUGUGAAUUAUUCAAUCAAUGAUGUCAAUGCUCAGGAAAUUUUAAAGUGGUUAGAAGACACGUACAGUCCUGAUGAAUUCUUUUGGGCGACUUUAGCCAGAAAUAGUCACCUUAAUGUUCCUGGUGUCUUCUAUAACGGUAUGAAAUCAACUAAAUUCUGGAUUGCUGUAACGGUGUCCUGGGAAGUUGAACGUAAAUGUCAUGGGAAAUAUGUCCACCUCAUCUGUGUGUUUGGCAUUGGUGAUCUGAACAAACUCGUAUCAGAGAAAACGCUUUUCGCAAACAAGUUUUACCAUAACUAUCAGCCUCUGGCAUUACAGUGUCUGGAGGAAUGGCAUUUCAAUAAAACCUUCAGUCAAGUACCUUUUGACUCCUAUUAUUAUAGGAAUUUAUUAAAUCAAUAA